CAGGAAAGGUGCAAAAUUAAGGUUCAAACAUGCAGAAAGCACUCAUCUGGGGCUCAGAAGUCAGAAAUGGCAGCAUCUUCAUUAUCUUAUGGCAACGAUCCAGAGGUGAUGACUGUGAACUCGUUCAGCAGCUGGAGAAAGGGCACAUUAAAGGAGGGACUGAGAGACACGUACUGGGCACCUGGCAAAUGGGAACUGCUUUCAAGGCUGGAUGAAAACAGCGGUGAAGCUGAGAGCAAAGGAAACCAACAGAGAGGAAUUAGUAUGUAUGAAAUGACAGCAAGGCAGGCGUAUGGACAGAACACAGAGCAGCUCAAUUUUCACGUGGAGGGGGGAAAACCAUGUUGAAAAGAAGUAGAAACAUUUCUGCAGAAGUUUUCAGUGCCACUGCAUGACUACAGAACGACAGACUUCAGAGCAGCAUCGAGGAGAUUCUGUGGUUGCAGGAGCAGCCCUAUGCAGCAUGGCUGGAAGCUCAUGGAACUUCCAAACAUGCACUUAAAGAAGCCCUGUGAAAUGGAAAUGCAAAGUCAAGCAGAUGCUGCUACACCAAAAUAAAAACUUCAGACAGUGAGAGCUGUUAAUUUUCAACAGUUUGCACAGCUGACUUUCAAAGUCAACUGGUUAAUUAAUGACCCUCUAGCAGAGAUCCCUGCCUUUCCUAUCUUACUGCAAGAACAUAACACAGGUUUAACAAACCUCCAAACCACCAAAAGCACUUCUGUGGUUUGUUACAUCUGAGACUACUAUUUCAAACUCAGUAAAAACUGUGUAAAACCCAACCAGGUGAUCCUAACAGCCUCCAUCCAGGUGCACUCUGUCCUUUCUCUGUGAUUUUACAAGUCUGUAUGAAACACCAGACAGCUCAUGGGAGGUUUAGGUUGGAUAUCAGGAGGAAGUUUUUCAGCCAGAGGGUGGUGAGGCACUGGAACAGGUUGCCCAAGGAGGCUGUGGAUGCCCCAUCCCUGCAGGCAUUCAAGGCCAGGCUGGAUGUGGCUCUGGGCAGCCUGGGCUGCUGGUUGGUGACCUGCACACAGCAGGGGUUGGAAGUGAUGGGCAUUGUGCUCCUUUGCAACCCAGGCCAUUCUCUGAUCAUUCACCACCUGGCAGUGCACAUACGUACAGAACUGAGGUACAGUGGUUUGAUGUCCCUGUGUAUGGUACAGUUGUACCAGUCAUUGUAACUCACCAAUUACCUCACCAAUGUCAGCCCCAGACCAGAUCUGAUUGAAAAGCAACCAAAUAAAUUCCCGGGCACUUAAAGAAAAUGACUGGGUGUGUGCCAUGCUCAGUGCCCAGGGCACUCCAAGGUGCCAUGGAUACCAAAGACUGAAUGCAGCAUCUGCAUUCCAGAAUAAUGCUUUUCUAAUACUUCCUACAGCAACGAUUCACAAGGCAAACGUUAUUCUUCCUAACCGUUUGUAAAACAGCCAGAGAAGCUGAAGACAUUCACACCACUUAACUCCUCUGCUAGCACUGCACUCUUUUUUCUUCUUUAAAUAUUUAUGAUUCUGCUCAGCCAUGAGAUGUGCUGUGCAGGCAGCGCUUGGCACCAGCAGUUUUUUAUUGCUCCUUACUAUCUCUUGCUUUGUCCCUUUCUGUGGGAUAGUUCCAUCAUAAUCCAAGCAAAGCCAUUCUCCUGUGAGAGAUGCUGCCCGAGCUGAACCAAGCUUGUUCUGAGAAAGCUUCCUCUGCAAUCCCAUCUCCACUUGUCACCUUAAUUUCAGCCCUUUAUUUGUAUGCCUGUGGUUCCACCACAGUGUUAUGGAGAUGAAAGACAGCAAAGAUGACUGCAUUCCAUCCUAAAGAACUCAGCAGACACGCUGGGGAUGUCGGUAUCCCAAGCACACGUUUUGAGCAAUGCACUUCGACUGAGCUUUAUGUUCACAUGUGGCAACAGCCAGCCACCACCAGGCCAUUUAACCUUCCCAUGCACUUAGGAAAGGAUUACGUGGAUUAAGCAGGGGGCAGUCAGAAAUAAAUUAUAAGGCUUUAAAAUAGAUGAGAUGGUCUUUAAAAGCGUAUGAAAACUUUCUGGUAUUUCAAGUUUGCUUUUAUUGGAAAGACAGAAAGACUCGAGAAACAUUUCAAGCAAUGUAUUUACAGAAUGCUGUGAAAGGUCCUCUCAGUUAAUAUUCUACCACCAAGCUUUCCAGUAAGUGAAAAAUAGGACACUGCAAUGUUUCCAAAUACUUCUGCAGGAGGUUUUAUUUUAGACCCUUGCAUCCAGUUUUAUGCACUGAAAAAUGCAUGGGAAGUUGAGAUCCCUGAUAAUUUACACAAUCUGGAAGAAUGCCAUUAAAAAUAAAACCAAAGCAAUUUCUUAUCCAGCCAGACAGAAGAAUUUCAGCUACAGGAGGGCGGGAGGAGCAGAGCUCAGCCUGCCCACUUACUACCAACUGCACUGCAACACUGAGGCAUUUCUAGGAGUAACCCUCAAGCAUUCCCAUCAAAAUUGUGUCCUAUAGGAAUCCUUAAAGCAGGUCGGAGAUUUUCAAAGUGAACGGGAAGCACUGAUCAAAUUCACUUUUCCCCAUUAUCUCCCAAAUCAAAGCAUAGCACAGUGCCUUCUGAACAGCCUUCAAUACACAGCUGUAGCUCCCAACUUAAUUAAACCUCUAAUUGGGACUGAAACAAAAGAGGCCUGUGUACACUAAAAAUCAGAACAUCUGAACUGAGCUAUGAAAACCACUGUAGGCAAGAGCUUCUUUCUUCCUUUCAUCUCUAUCCGAGUAUGACUUAUUCAGGUUCUCCUGGCACCGUUCAGUGAAGGCCAAAAGACACAACUGUGGUUUGAAAUUUCACUCAUUUUUUUUCUGCUCUGCAUCACAGGCACAACCCAAGACCAGAGGAUUUCUUUCUGCAAUAGAAACAAGGUUUCUGGAAAACCAGAACAGAGUAAAUGAUGAUUAUCACUAACAGGACAAGUUACUUCAUGCGCAGACAAAAAUCACAAGGAUUUAUGCUUCUUUGUUUUAAAGGGGCUGUGAAAUUUCUUUGAUUUCAAUGAAGCAAGUGUUUAAUUACUUUCCUUUGCUCCUAAACCUGUGAACUUCGGUUUUCAGAACCUUGUUUUUUAUGUAAGAUUCCUGCAGUCUACAUUCAUUUGGUGCACGGCCAGCACCACGUAUGAAAUGCACGCAGACUAGAAAGCAUUGAGUCUUAACUCAUCAGGAAGUGCAGAGAUCCAAAUCUGCACAGACAUUUUCCAGACUUUUCUUAACACCCAACUUACACUGCAGUAGCUGCAGUGAGUUCCCACUGGCUGGAACGCUUGGGUGAACUCCACUGAGGAGCUAUCACCAUUUUAACCAUCUUAGGAAAGCGAAUCCAACCCCAAGGAGAAAAGGUUCCCCUGCAUCACCUCUGCGAGUAAGAAAGAGAUGUGGGGGACGGCCAUCACACCAGGGCAGCUCCCUGAACAGAUCACUUCUAACUCACGGAUGGCAAUGCCAGCACUUCUCCACUGCUCAGGGACAAGCUGUGGUCCCUGCUCUGCUGGGCUGAGGACUCAGACGUCAGCAUCUCAGAAGGUGCUGGGUGCAUCAGACUCUUGGGACUCUACCAGAAUUUAUGAUAAAAGAAACAACAGAGCCAUUGCAAUGCAAUCUGUGUUACUGGAACUGGCGCGCUGUCACCUCAGAAGAUCCCUUACAUUCGUACACAAAACCCAAACCCACAGGAAGCAGCAAUGCAGCUGUUGCACAUCUUCCUUCCAGCAGAGCCAAACCAAGCGGGCAGGACUGUUCAUCCUGAUAUCUAUCUGUCCAUCAGCAGGAGGAUCUCAAAGCAUGAAUCCAGACAUCAAUUUGCAGUUGGGACAUUUGCCAAAUCACGGCCUUAAGCACGGUUUCCUCUAUUUAUAAAAGCGGUAUUUGUACACAUUAACAUUUCUAGAGCAGUGCACAAACACAGCUCCACACGGGCAGAAUGAACCCAUGCGCAAUGGAACCUGGCCAAUGUAAUUAAAACUUAAUGCCUACUUAACAAUCAAAUUGCAAACCUGCCAAAGUGCCACAUGUUACCAACCUGCCAAAGAAACUGACUGAAGAUGCUGUGUUUAAGCAAGGAUUGUGGGACCGACUGCUUUGCCCAAGAGAUGAAAUAUCUUUCCUUGGGUUACGGGAGUAAAAGGCGUUCAGAGACACCCCGCUUCUUUCGAGGGGUAUUUGUCUGAACACACUCAUUUCUCCACCGCAUGUCUGUGUUGAUUACAGAUAAAUUACUGUCAGGACACUGGAAACUUUACCUGUAAGAUGUCUUCAUUCAGCCUUCUGAAGUUCAGAUCUCUGUGACUUCUGUAACUUUUACCUUGUUGCCACAGGGAGAGCCUAAGCUGUGCAAUACAGAUUAGGCAACCUAUUUUGUUUUACAGAAUGCAUUUUCAUAACAAAUCCUUCCUGUUACGACUUCCGAUGGGAAACACAUAGAGCAGGCUUGAAAGAAUUCUGAACGAUUUUACUGAGACUUUUCUGCACCUCACUGACCUAUCAUCAUCUCUAUUGUGAUAGAGGAUAUGAAGUUAUUCAGAAGCCCAUUUCUGGGCACACAGCAGUUGUAACUGAACUCUACACCAUCAACCCUUCCAACAGCUAUAAAGGUAGUUUUCUGUUGAAAUCUCACUCUUUUCAGGGCCUACAGCUCCAUUAAUGACAAUGGGGCACUCAUAAGCCAGACCUGCAUAGAGUACAGCAAGCAGUCUCAUUAUUAGGGGGCAGGGAUCACUGGAAGAUAAGCACUCACUUCUCAAGCACUUGGUAACAAAUGCCUCAUUCUCCCUUUUGAAAGAAAAACCUCACAGAGCUAUCCUGAAACACCUUAAUUACACGGACUGUGGCAAGAAAGCUUAAAAAGGUUAGAAAGAAAACUAAGCCAGAAAAAUACAUAUUGCUUUAUUCACUCUGCCCAAUUAAGAACACCCUGUGGGCAUUCAAUGGCCUUCUUUGUUCAUUGUUUGGCCUCCCCACUGUUGUUGACACACACUGGGAAACUACCAAGAAGCAACAGACAUUUACUGUUAUAAUUAUAUCACAUCUCCAGGCCACAAUCCAAAACCACGUUAACCUAGGCACGGAUGCAAUUACUAACAAAUCUAUUGCUCAUAGGCUGGCAGUAAGCUUGUGCUAAGCCCAGGGCCCGGGAUGUCACACGUGGCAUUUGAUCACAUUCGGCUAUUUUGAUGGAUGUUGAUGGAUGCUGUGUGUGGUAACAGGCGGUCUGCGACAGCUCUGAAAUGACAGCUCUGAUGACUAACACCCGCGAUAGGUGAGGUUCAGCAAGAUUACAAGAUCCUGAUUAAUUACCCCUUCCUUUUCCCUCACAGAAACCUGAAUUAAAGCACAAAAAGGAAGCACUGCUGCAGUGACACAUCUGUGCCUCCAUGGGAAGAGGGAAGCGGACGGGAAGGACGGGAGGAGAGCACGAGGGCAGCGGGCACGGCGACGAGAGCUUUUGAUUCAUCUGAAGCUUGAGAAACAGUAACUUGCAGGAGCAGUUCUGAGGACAGUUGGGCAUUGAGCUGCAUGUUGGAGCAGCACAGUGAGCAAAGUGACCACCUCAAGCAGAUUUUGGAAAGCACCAGGAAGGGAGGGUGAUACAGGUGAAGUAUCCUCCAGUGUGAGGUGCUGAGUGGAGCAGUCACUGUCAUUUUGAACACAGAGCCUGUCAAGACUGAAUUUUAUGUGGAACAAGCUGGUUUGUAGUCACAAGUACAGCCAGAGGACGAAGGAGAAGCAAGUGGCAAAGAGUGAAGAAAACCAGGCAGUGGAAGGGAAGGUUCAGCUGCUUGCGUUUAAGAUAUUUUUGAAGUAGAAGCCUUGGGAAUGGAGAAUUCUCAUGGUCAGAGAGCAAGGUGUUGGGGAUGUGUUUCUGAAUCAGACACGUAUCCAUACGUAUCUCAGCAGUCUUGUUUAUGCUGGUCAUCUUCUCCAAUGGGAAAAAUGGUGAAGCAGCAAUGGAGAGUGAGAGAGAGGGACACAGGAGGUUGCUCAGCUGCAGCACCAGCAGAGAGCACGCAAGUGGGGCAGCAGAGCAGCAGGAAGGACCCGCAGAGCUGUUGUGCAGAGCUGUCGCUGUCAGGCUGGCGAAGACGGGAACACUCAAAAGAAAAGCUUCGGGAGUGUCCUGAUAGGUACAAGUGAGGUUUUGUUCACGUGCCAUGGCUCACUUCUGCCAGCCCUGAAAGUGCUGUAAAAGGUGAAACAAACCCACAGGUGUACCGAUGGAAAAGACAGGAGACACACAGAGUUGCCAGAACAAGAGUGAGGAAGACAUCCCAAAGAGUUCCCCAUUUGACUUUGUUAUAAAACAAUUCCAAGGGAAGAGAUCCUCUUCUGGAAAAAGAAAAGAGCAGCCUUCAGCCAUCCAGAAGUUCUUCAGUGGCUUUGACUUUGGGAAAUCAGAAGGCAAGGAAAGACAAGAAAUUGAAGAAACAGAAAUAAACAACUGUAGAGCUGAUGAUCAGAGUGAGAAGGAAAAUCUCUCAGUAGAAGAUGAAUCUUCACAGCUGAUUUCUGAAGCAGAGUCACCAUCUGGUGAGCAGAGAUUGAACCAGUUCAUGCAGAAACUGGGAAAGAAACCCAACAGCAAGAACCUGGAUCUCAAUAAUUGUGCAUUAAGUGCAGCAGAUGUAACAGAGCUGGCUUCUUUACUGCCAUUUCUCCCAGAGCUGGAAGAGAUCAGCCUGUCCUGGAAUGGUUGUGUUGGAGGGACUUUGAAAACCCUCACUGCUCAGUUCCAUCAUGUGAACCUGCUGAAAGUCCUUCGACUUAACAACUGCAGGCUGUCAGCUGAGGAUGUCACAUCCUUAGGAGAGGCAUUUGAAGUUGUUCCUCAGCUUGAAGAACUGGAUUUAUCAUGGAACAGCAAUAUAGGUGGCAAACUGUCACUCCUGACAAAAAAACUUCGGAAGGGAUGCAAGAUUAAACUCCUGAAAAUUACAGAUUGUAACCUGACGGCCAGAGAUGGAGAAUCCCUCGCUGAAAUACUAAAUGUGCUCCCAAACCUUGAAGUAUUAGAUCUCUCUAUCAACAAACACAUUGGCUGCAGCAUGAAGGUCAUUGCUCAGGAUCUGAGAAAUGUACCAGGCCUCAAGGAGUUGAACUUGCACAUGUGUGGAUUAAAGCAGGACAGCCUCCAGGGCUUAGACACUGCUUUACAGCACCUUACAGCACUGAGAAAAUUAGACAUAUCGUGUAACAAAGAGAUUGGUGGUGGCUUUAAAGACUCAGCAGCUCAUUUGGCCAGCUUGAAAAAUCUCGAAGUCCUUGACCUCCACCAGUGCUGUGUAACAGAAGAAGACGUGACCGUUUUGUCCCAGGUGAUACCUUUGCUCUCCAGUCUUCAAGAGCUGAAUUUAUCCUGGAAUAAAAACAUAGGAGUCUCAUCUGAUCCUCUUCUCGGCAGACUCAGAUUUUUACCGAAGUUGAGAUCUGUGGCCAUCAGCAAUUGUGGAUUAGGCAAGGAGUCCUUUUCAUCACUGGCUGAGGCUGCCCUUCACCUUCCUGAACUGGAGAUAUUAGACCUUUCUUGGAAUAAGUGCGUUGGUGGAAACCUAAAGCUGCUUUUGGGAGCACUAAAGCUUGCAACGGAGAUUCAAGUGUUAAGACUGAGCAGCUGUAACUUGGUGGCUGAAGAUUUGGCGCUUCUAACAUUACUGUCACACGAUGGCCACCUAGCCAGGUUACAGAAGCUGGAUUUGAGUUACAAUAACACCAUCUCUGAUGAAGGGUGGAUGGUUUUCUGUCAAGGCUUAACAGUAUUCAAAGAACUCUCAGAGCUGGAUGUCAGUCUUCGUCCAUCAUCCUGCCGUGCCUGUGGGACGUGGUUCAGUGAGUUGUUAGCAGCACUGACAAAGCUGCCUGCAUUGGCAGAGCUGGGGAUGCAAAGAUGGGUCCUUUCAGAAUCGCAGCGUAAACAGCUGGAAGGCUUUAAUCGAGACAACAAAAGAAACAUUCGUUUUGACUGCUGA